CGCCGCACACCACGCGCGGGGCCCACUUGUUCGCCGCUGGAUUGGGUUGUCAUUCGCGAGCGCGUUGCCGGUACGGCAACAUCGGGUGUAUUCGUCUACGGUUGAACGUGCUCACAGUUUCGUGUGCUCACCUUUCGAAGAAAUUUGCGGGAAGAAUCACGAACGCGGCACCAUCGAGAAACUUGAGGAAGAAAAUCAUUUUUCUACCGCAAAUAUUCAAAACAUCGAGUGGUAACAAACUGCUCCAGUGAUUGCAUCUCUCUCAUUCGACAUUAUCGAAAAAGUGCACCGCGCGUGAGAAUCAUAUCUUCGAUUAAGAAGGAACAUGUUCUGAAAGCGGCAACGCAAACUCUGUUGUUGUUUUUUUCAUCAGUGAUUCGGGAAACGAAAGCGAAAGAAUGACGACCGAGUCUUUGGCGCGCGAAGUGGACGCGCACAUCGUCACUAUUCUGUCGAGGUUAUCGGCCCUUCGGGAAAACAACAUCGAAGUCACUAACAGAAAAGCACCCAUGUCCAUCGAGGCUCGCAGUUUGGAGCUAUGGCGAGCGGUGGCCGUCGAAUGCUUGGCCACUUUUCUUUUCAGUCUGGUGAUAGCCGGCGCGGCUGUUUCUUCCGCCGUAUCCGGAAGUGGUCUCACCGUAUUAGCUACCGCUGUAGCUGCCGGAUUCGCCAUCGCCGCGAUUUUUUUCAUUUUCAACCAUAUAAGCGGUGGACACGUGAAUCCAGCGGUCUCGGUAUCGUUCGCUUUGUGCAGGCGAAUUUCCCCCCUUCGCGCGGUGCUCUAUAUAGCGGCACAAUGCGGUGGUGGCAUAGCUGGAGCGGCGAUGCUUUACGGAGUAACCAUGCCUUCAAAUACUCAGACUCUUACAUCCCCUAGUCGAUUAGUAGGCCCGAUUGAGAAGCUUUUGGUCGAGAUGGCACUAUCAGUGUUAAUCGUGCUAGCUCAUUUCUCCGCGGAUUCAUCUAGACUGCCGCCUGCGAUUUCAUCAAAAUCUUCUGCAGUUUUGGCUGCAGCUUAUACAGCGGCCACUCUUGUUUCCAGCCCUUUUCUGAAUCCAGCGCGCGCAUUGGGACCGGCUUUCGUGAUGAAUCGCUGGGAGAAUCACUGGGUGUACUGGGUAGGUCCGCUGUCGGGAGGCGCCGUGGCGGCUCUACUUCACGAAUACGUUCUGAGUCCCAAACGAACAAAGGACUCGCGCGAGAUAGACGAUGGCGACAACUCGUCCAUGAGAUCGGACGAGGACACCUACGAUGAUCUGGAUAAACCCAAUGCUCCUAAGUUCCCAGGCGCGUACGCGACCUAUCGCCCGGUCGCCGGUGCGUCGUCGUCGAUCUACAGCGCACCGCCGUCUGCGUUGGAGCGCGUCGAAUCCAUCUACGGUGGCACGAAGUCGCUCUACUGCAAAUCGCCGCCGUUGACGCGUGCUAAUUUGAAUCGCUCGCAGAGCGUCUAUGCAAAGUCGACGUCAGGUCCACGGGACGGUCUGAUGAUCCCGAAGCCGGGCCCGUUGGUGCCUGCGCAGAGCUUGUAUCCGAUCAGAUUGGGUCAGAACGGCUGUCAAAAUGGCUUAAACCGCGAGAAUCCGACCGGACCCGGCGCCGGCGUCGGCGGUCCGCCGACCCAAACGCAGAAUCACAACAGCACCAAUCAGAACAUGCAAAAUCAACUGCAGCAGUGCACGCAGAGCAUCUACGGCAUCCGCGGUAUCUCCACGAAUAUCAGCACCAGGGAGAACGGUAUCUACGGGGUGUCCACCGGAUCCAGCAUCUACGGUCGUGCACCGGCGCCACCGCCGAGCAGCCAGAAUUCGCAGCAAUCCACUCAAAGCGCUCAGUCUUCGAUACAGACUCACCCGCCGCCACCGCCGCCGCAGCAACAACAACAGCAACAACAGCACCAGAACGGACCGCUAUCGAGCAACUCGGAUAACGGAGCGAGUUCGAGACGGCCCGAAAGUAUGUACGGCCACGUGUCGAGACGUAGCGACGAUUCCGCAUACGGUAGCUAUCAGAGUUCCUCGCGGGGAAAUUAUGGCAAAGUACCCGGACCGCCGGGUCCGCCCAAUGGACCGCCGCAAUACCGCGACCAGGGUAGACCAAGCCCCGCUGGGCCUCUUCAGCAAAGUCAAAGCGUGCAGAGUAACUUCCAAAGAAACUCGCCGAAUCCUCAGUAUUGACUAUAGAAGCCAACAAUCGAUUGAAGAAGAAAGAUCGAGAACGCUACUGUUGAUCCGUAACGAAUUGUCUGAUUUCUCGCCAACAUAGAAUAGCGUUUCGGUAAAUAUUUUAUAAGAAUUUCAACAAAGACUUUAUUCUAGAUUUAUUCUAGAACUUUCCUUCAUAAUAUAAAAUAUAGUUGUAAGAUAUUAUUCACGACGGUCAGUUCUGAAAAAUAAUCCAUUUUUAUAUUUAUAAAUUGUACUUUGUUCUAUAAAACUAAAGUAAUAAUAAUAUACGAUUAGAUCAAUACUAUUUGUGUGAAGAGACACCAAUAUAUAUACACUCACCCGAAAAAAAAGCGGUACACUGAAAAUGUGGG